UUUACCAUUGUACAUCUGGAACACAGGGAUCGUAAAUCUCAAUCGCAAUCCAACGAAACAUAAUAGGCUGAGGCGUUAUCUUCAGUCAACAAUCGAACUGAAAGCGGAAACGGGGAGGAUCUUGCUGUUCAUUUGAAUUUACAAGCAUGGCUUCUUCACAUUCAACGGACAACUGCCUCGGAUGGGCUGACAGAGAUCCGUCCGGAGUUCUCUCUCCUAAUAAUUUUAGCUGCAGGGUUGUUGGGAGUGAUGAUGUUUCACUAGAUAUUGCAUAUUGUGGCGUCUAUUAUGCUGAUGUUAUCUGGACAAGGAAUAUACAUGGAACAUCCAAGUACCCUUUAGUGCCUGGACAUGAGAUUGUAGGAAUUGUGAAAGAGGUUGGUUCUGGGGUUCAGCGGUUUAAAGUUGGCGACCCUGUGGGAGUUGGAACUUAUGUUAACUCUUGCAGGGAGUGUGAGUAUUGUAACGAAGGAUUAGAAGUUCGGUGUUCAAAGGGAUCUGUUUUUAGUUUUGAUGGCAUCGAUGUAGAUGGUACAAUCACCAAGGGAGGAUACUCUAGUUACAUUGUUGUUCAUGAAAGGUGAAUUCUUUUCCACAGA